UACUUGAGAGUGAGCGUGUCCUCCAGGCUGUGAUGGCUGCAGCAGGUGUAAACCCAGGUCUGAGGGCCACCGACUGUGUGACCAAGGUGGCGCUGAGCAUCUCCUGUGACAAUCUGCUGGACAUGGACGCCUUCUCAAAGUCCGACCCCCUGUGUGUGCUGCUCAUAAACAGCUCUGGGUCGCACUGGAGUGAGAUUGGCAGGACAGAGAAAAUAAAGAACUCCCUUAAUCCCAGCUUCUCCAAGACGUUUGUCAUCGACUACUACUUUGAGAUGGUGCAGAAGCUGAAGUUUGAAGUGUACGACAUCGACAGUGAGAACUGCAGCCUGCAUAAUGCUGACUUUCUGGGAGAAAUGGAGUGCACCUUGGGACAGAUCGUGUCCUCAAGGAAACUAACAAGACCACUCGUCAUGAAGGACAAGAAGCCUGCAGGAAAAGGAACCAUAACAAUAUUUGCUGAAGAAAGAACAGACAACAGGGUGGUGGAAUUUGAAGUUGCAGCUAGAAAACUGGAUAAAAAGGAUUUCUUUGGGAAGUCUGACCCUUUCCUUGAACUCUACAAGCAGACAGAAACUGGAUGGCAACUGGCUCACAGGACAGAGGUGGUGAAAAACAACCUGAACCCAACAUGGAAACGAUUCCGUGUCUCAUUGCAGUCGCUCUGUGAAGGUGACGUGGAGAAAUCUAUAAAGGUAGACUGUUACGACUACAACAGCAGUGGAUCUCAUGACUUCAUUGGAUCCUUUCAGACCACACUCAGCCAAAUACAGCAGGCGACACAGUCAUAUGCGGCUGAGUUUGAAUGCAUCAAUAGUAAGAAGAAACAGAAGAAGAAAGGAUACAAAAACUCUGGUGUUAUCAUCAUAAAAAAGUGCAAGAUAGUGAAGGAGUACACGUUUCUGGAUUACAUAAUGGGCGGCUGCCAGAUUAACUUCACUAUUGCCAUUGACUUCACAGGUUCCAAUGGAGAUCCCAGGUACCCGAUCUCCCUUCACUACAUCAACCCUCAGGGCUACAAUGAAUACCUGGCAGCUAUCUGGGCAGUGGGUAACGUCAUCCAGGACUAUGACAGUGACAAGAUGUUCCCUGCUUUUGGUUUUGGAGCCCAGAUCCCUCCCACAGGGCAGGUCAGCCACGAGUUUCCCAUCAACUUCAACCCAUCCAAUCCUUUUUGUGCAGGUAUUGAAGGUGUGGUGGCGGCCUACCAGCAGUGUCUGCCCCAGGUGAAGCUUUACGGCCCCACAAACUUUUCUCCAAUCAUCAACCAUGUGGCCCGCUUUGGCAGACAAGCCCUGCAGCAGCAGACGGCCUCUCAAUACUUUGUCCUGCUCAUCAUCACUGACGGAGUGAUCACAGACAUGGAUGAGACCCGUCAGGCCAUCGUCAACGCCUCUCGUCUGCCCAUGUCCAUCAUCAUCGUUGGAGUAGGGGGGGCGGACUUCAGCGCCAUGGAGUUCCUGGAUGGAGACGAUGGGAUUUUACGCUCAGCUACGGGCGAAGCCGCCAUGAGGGACAUUGUGCAGUUCGUGCCGUUCAGGCAGUUCCAAAAUAGUCCUCCGGAGGCUCUCGCUCAGUGUGUCUUGGCAGAAGUCCCAGGUCAGGUGAUGGGUUUCUUCAAUACCAUGAGUCUGAGGCCUCCCCAUGGCGACACAGCACUCUCUGACAACUCAGCAUCAGCUCCUCCCAGUGAUGUAGCCUGAGGAUCAACUUCUCUUCUCCAUGGAACUCAGACUCUUCUAUGAUUGUAUGAGCAUGCAACACUCUUAAAAUGAUGUUCCAACCGUUUACAGCCAUAACUAACAGCCAUAUUACGCUGAUAUGUGUUAAUACGCCUGUAAUAUAUGUGUAUAUAUGUGACUCAAGUGCCAGAAUCUGUCAUUUAUUUUAUGACUUGUUUAAAGGAAUGAGUUGAAACGUGUGUGACUUCAGAUUGUCAGUCAGAAACAUGAAAGGUCUGUAGUGCUCAUUAAUACUACAUACUGCUAUAGUAGUACUAAUGUUGACAGUCAGGUCAAUGUCACAUGUUCAUGUUUCUGUGGGAAAUGUAGCAUCAGCUGCCACUGAAAUCAUCAACUUUACCAAACACAGUUCAGGUAGACCUCAGUGAUGAUUACACAUGAGACGUCAACAGAUUCACAGGUUUGUUUAAACGAAUAACUUUUGUAGAUUUUGCAUUACAAAUAUUAUUGCUUUGUGUCCUUGCUGCUCUUUUGUACUUCUGUUUCUUUUUUAAACUCACUUUGGUGCUUCAGUAUGAAUGUUUAUAUCCAGAGGAGUGAUUGAUUAAUGCAUGUUUACAUAGAUUAACAUUAGAAGUUCACUCUGUCUUAAGAGGAGUACAAACACUUCUCACUUUAAUGACUGUUAUAAAACUGAUCCAGUACAUUUCAUUAAGUCUACAUGUUUAUUUGUUGUUGUUUGUGCUGAUCACUGUCAUUGCCUUAUGUAAUAAUAACAAAUAUUUUUAUCACUAUUUUAUGUUAAUCUGAUAUUCAAUGGAAUAAGAAAAUAUUUAACAUGUUUUAUGUAAAACUAUGAGACAAUUAGCCUUUUUGUUUUUUUAUGUUUGUGUCACUUCCUUAAUGUCACAACAUUAAAAACAGACUUUAUGUAUUUUACCUCAGAUUCACAGACAAUCCUGUGCAUUCUUCAAAUGUCCAUCAUUAAAGUUAUGUCAGAAAAACA